AGAGGUCAAAGCUGCAUUGCUACAAUAACAACUCAAUAAAUUGAUCUAUUUAUUCGUUAGGACAAAGCAGAGAAUAAUUACAUUUCGUGUAUAUUAAAACUGAGUGUUACUGUUGGUAAAAAUGUUCAGAAUAAAAUCUUGCCGUAUUGUUAGGAAUAAAACCAGACUGAGUGGUUCGAAGAAUUCAAAUAAAAGGAGUUUGAGUGAUGAUGCCACUUUGCCAAAGCAGGCUGAUGUUGUUGUUGUAGGUGGUGGAGUGAUAGGAUGCAGCACUCUCUAUCACCUCUGCAAGAGAGGUAUCAAUGCGAUUUUACUGGAGAAAAGCAAAAUCACAAGCGGUACAACAUGGCACAGUGGCGCUAUCGUCUGGAGUUUGCGAGGAAACGAUGUAGAUACUGUGAUGCUGCAGAAAACACGAACCCUUUUAGCAAAUUUGGAAGAGGAGACCGGUAUCAACUCUGGAUGGAUUAAUAAUGGAGGGAUUUUCAUUGCAAGAACUCCGGAAAGGUUGGAGGAAUACAAACGAUUUCAUACCCUAGGGCAUAUGUUUAAUCUGGAGAGCCACGUAAUUUCUCCGAAGGAAGCUCAGAAGAUUUGCCCAAUACUUGAUCCGAAAUCAUUUUAUGGAGCACUGUGGUCGCCUGGAGAUGGAUACACCGAUCCCUCUAUGUACUGUGCAGCUUUACUGAAAGGUUCUAAGAAUAAAGGAGGGCAAGUUUUUGAAGAUACCGCAGUCACUAAGAUUUUAACAGAACCAACUCCGAACAACGAAAAAAAAGUUAUUGGUAUCGAAACAUUGAAGGGAACCGUCAAAACCAACGUCGUCGUCAAUGCUUGUGGAGGUUGGUCUCGUGAACUAACCCAGAUGGUUGGGUUAGAUAUCCCACUAACUCCCAUCAAACACGCCUACGUAGUUACGGGAAGUGUACCUGGAGUCAAAGGUAUUCCCUGCAUAAGAGAUCAUGAUGGAGGGUUGUAUUUCAGGCCUCAAGGAGAGGCUGUAGUUUUUGGAGGUUAUGAACCCAACCCCCAAAUAAUGAAAGAGAUUCCCAAGGAUCUGUCUUUCAGUCUUUUUGAGCUAGAUAUGACAAUAUUUGAUGUUCAUUGGAAACACGCCUGUGAGCUCUGCCCUUCUUUUGAAAAAGCUGGAAUCAAAUCUGAUGUUUACGGCAUGGAAUCUUUUACUCCAGAUCAUAAACCGAUUAUGGGAGAAGAUCCUAAGUGUGUUGGCUUGUUCCAUGGGAGUGGAUUCAACUCCCUUGGGAUUCAACUCAGUGGUGGUGCUGGAGAACAAUUAGCCGCUUGGAUUGCCCUUGGCCGACCAGAAAUGCCUCUAUUCGCCUAUGAUAUUCGAAGAUUCACUCCCGUUCAGAGACAGGAUAGGGCAUGGGUAACGGAAACGAGCCACGAAAACUAUGCAAAAACAUACAGUAUUGGGUAUACCCAUGAUCAACCACUAGCUGGAAGAAAUCACAGAAUUGAUGCUUUCCAUGAGGCUAUGGUGGCGAGUGGAGCAGUCAUGGAAGAGGCGUUGGGUUGGGAGCGACCAGCAUAUUUCAUAAAAGACAGAACUGCCCCAGUCAGAUCUUACGAUUGGUAUGGACACUAUGAUCAUGUUCCGAAUGAAGACACACGUUACGUAGAUGAAUUAAGAGGGGACCUUACUUUCGAUUUUUCUAAACAUUUUGAUCUGAUAAAAGAAGAAGCAUUAGCAGCUAGAAACAAUGUAGCACUAUUCAAUCUCACAUGUUAUACAAAAAUGUACUUGGCUGGUCCCGAUGCUGAAGAAGCUGCCGAUUGGUUAUUUACUGCUAACGUUGAUCGUGAACCAGGCAGUAUUAUAUACACUUGUUCCUUGAACUCCAGAGGUGGUGUAGAAGCAGACGUUACUGUGAUACCCUUGGAAGAAGGAGCUGGUACUUUAGUAGGACCCAUUUUGAAGGGAAAGGGUUACUACAUAGUGGCUGGUGCAAAGGCGGGUUACCAGACGAAAUCGCAUUUUAGGAAGCAGCUGUAUAGAAAAAAUUUCAAGUCACUAGUUACGGAAAUGACCAACAGAAUAGGAAUAUUGGCUAUCCAAGGACCUAAGAGUACCGAAUUGCUUCAGUCUAUAACAGAAUUUCCAAUUACUGAUGAAAGGUUGCCGUUUGGCAAGUCAAAACUCAUAAAGAUCAAUGGUCACACCUGCCGAGUAUUGAGAAUAAGCUACAUAGGAGAACUGGGAUAUGAAAUUCACAUACCACUAGCUUCAUGUGUUCCGAUUUACAAUAGGAUAAUGGAAGCAGGAAGAGGAUUCGAUCUGAAACACGCAGGGUUCAGGGCUCUGGAUUCUUUGAGUUGUGAAAAAGGCUUUCAUCUCUUAAAUCAUGACUUGCGAAUCGAUGAUAACCCUGUAGAAGCAGGACUUGUGAAAUUAUGCAGGAAAGAAGGACAGUACUUAGGCAAGCAAUCCGUUGAACGUGUCAAACAAGAUGGCAUCAAGAAACGGAGAGUUUUCUUUACCCUUCCAGACAAUGUCGCAUUAUAUGGAUUUGAAACAAUUUGGAGAGAUGAUGCUAUCGUAGGAUUCCUCAGAAGAGGGGAAUACGGAUUCAGCCUGGAAUCUAGCAUAGGCAUUGGGUAUGUUGAGCACCCGGAAGGUAAAGUUGUAGACACCGAAUUUCUAAAAAGUGGAACCUACCAUAUAGAAGUUCGUAACAAAAAAUAUCCGGCAACUCUGUACCUCAAUAGUCCAUUCGAUCCUAAGAACCAGCGGAUAAGAGGUCAUUAUGAAAACGAAUUCGAAGAACAAUCGCAUUUUGAAGACUGAUUUUCCUAGUACAAUUUUAAUUUUUACUUAUAUUUUUGAAUUUUGAUACUAAUUAGGUAAUAAAUAUUUUUGGCAUCAA